AUGUCGGAUGCAGAAGCAUACGCGGGGACAACAGUGCAACAUUAAAUAUACAUACAUACGGUCCUAUCUGGGUGCAUAUGGACUCCAAAGUUAACACUUUCGAGGCGACCCCAAGUGGCAUUCCGUUUAGAGUCGCGUGUAGAUAGAGCUCGCUGCGUUUGUUACAUUUGACCCGAAUUCUUUUGGGCUGAAAAUUCAUAUACUUUCGCAAAGGUUUUUAUAUAAGAGGGAGAGGCGAGCAUUAUUUUUAAUUUAGCUGUUGAUAUUAUGCAUAAAGCGGAAAAUCAAAGAGAAAGCAAACAUCAAAACGGAACACCGAAGCCGGGAGAGUGAGUGAGUGAUCGAGUGACUGACUGUAGAGAUCGCUGGGAGGAGAACAGAAGGCGGCCUGGUUCUAAAAUCUUGUCGGGGCGAGAGAUCUGAAAUUCCGUAUUGUGUGCGGAUACAUAUCUAGAUAGAUACAUAUACUUAUACAUAUCAGCAGUCCGUCCCCUUCCCGAAAGUCCAUUCACGAAACGUUUACAAAGUGCUGGUCAGGCCCUACCAGACCAGGAAGUAAAACGCAGCAAACUGAACAAUUCAUCUCGUAAUUAACUUUGGCUGUAGACAGAAGCGGCGGACAACGCACAUAAAUACGGAUACGAGUACUACUAGCGCGUAUAAAGGAGGAAUCCAACAGAUAUAGAAAUGUUUUCCUUUGGCGCUGUUUCUGCGGCUGUCGCUAUAAAUAUUUACAAAAUGUAAAUACAUAAGAGUACGUACCCCUUUAGAUACACAUAUGUACAUAAAUAUAUGCGUGCACGGACCGCUUUUGUUGUCUUUUCGUGGAUAAAGCUCCGAACCGCUAGAAUUCAAAUUGAAUCAGGGAUAAUCCAAGCAGCAAGUGAAGUGAUGUGAAGUGAGACAAUUUGGAUCGAGACAAUUUUUUCAACCCCAAACAUCCUAUGUAAACAGACAAAAUGUCAAAGAAGCCACGCGGAAACAUUCAUAAGAUCCGGGAGUUCGAGUUGGAGAAGAUCCAGCUUGUGGACGAGUUCGAUAUAAUACAAAUUGUGGGUGAAGGAUGGUUCGGCAAGAUACUACUGGUGGAGCACCGCGGAUCCCAGACAGAAAUGGUACUCAAGGCGGUACCCAAACCAUAUGUGACGCUGCGCGACUUCUAUCGGGAGUUUCACUACGGACUCCAUUUGGGUGUGCAUCGGCAUAUUGUGACCACCUACGAUGUGGCAUUUGAGACGGCCGGUUUCUAUGUAUUCACCCAGGAAUAUGCGCCUCUAGGGGAUCUCACAUCGAAUGUGACGGAUACGGGCGUGGGCGAGGUGUACAGCAAGCGCGUGGCCAAGCAGUUGGCCUCCGCCAUAGACUACAUGCAUUCAAAAGACAUUGUGCAUCGGGACAUCAAGUUGGAUAAUGUGCUCAUCUACCGCGCGGACUUUCAGCGCAUAAAGUUGUGUGAUUUCGGAGAGUCCUUCCCGACGGGCGCCAGCGUGGAGCGGCGGAACGAGUGGCUGCCCUACAGUCCCCCUGAAGUAUUAGAAAUAAAGCCCGAAGGCAGCUACAAAGCCGAUCCUAGCCAUGAUGUUUGGCAGUUUGGAAUCGUGAUCUUUGUCUGCUUGACCGGGUGCCUGCCCUGGCAGAAGGCAGCCUCGGAUGAUCCCCGCUAUGUGCGGUACUUGGCCUGGCAGGGGGGCCUCAUGAUGAUGCCGCUGCGGCGCACGCCUCGACUCUUCAAGCUGCUCACCUCCAAUGCCCAGCGCAUGUUUAAGCGGUUCUUCGCGCGAAUGUCGAACCGCCCCAAGAGUCUGGCCGAUGUAACAAAGUUCCUCGACGAUCGCUGGCUGGCCAAGUCGGCAAAGAAGGAUAUGGCCGAGUAUGAGACGGAUGAGCUGUGCCCAUCCAUGUACUCUUUUCACAGCAGCCCCGAUGAGAAGAAUCGACUUCUCUACACAUUGGCCGACUGCGGGAUCGAGACGAAUGUCGAUCGCCAGCAGAAGAAGAAUCGCAUCAAAGACUGGAUAGAGUCGUCCAUCAUCACAGAGGAGGAUGAGGAGGAGAACGAGGAGACAAACUCCGCAUCUCCCUCAUCAUCCGUUUCACGCGAGCCGCUGCCCGGCCACAUAUCCUCGCUGCGCAAACAGACGCAGGAACAGAUCCCCAAGGAGGUCAAGAGCACCUUGAAAGACGCCACACAGAAACACUUCGAUCCACGCACGGGGGCCCUGCAGCAGGGUCCCAGCGAAAUGGGCCAAGUGGCCAUGCAAUAUUCCAAGUCCGCCAGUCCCUCCAACUAUAGCACGGCCUCCACUCUGAACAAUGCAGACAGCCUGAUGACACUGGGCUCCAGGCAGGAUCUGCUAGCCAGCAACCUGACCAUGUACACCUCCAUGGAGACGGAGCUGAAUCGACUAGGUGAGGCUGAUCCGAGAAUACCGCGCAGCGAUGGCUUCCUAAAUCGCACGCAGAGCAGCGGCCUCCUGCUAACCACAUUCGAUGUGAACGCGUCUCAGGCCAAUCCAGCGAAUAACAGUCGUCCAACCCCCGCUGCCAAGAACUCCAUCGCCGUAGGCACCCGCAGCUCGACCAGGAGCAUUCUUAAAUCCUCCAUCGCCACCGCUGCUUACCCCGCUUUCGGCAGCAAUAACCAGAGCAGUAGCCUGCAGCAGCUGACCCAGCAUUUCCAGACAACCGCCUAUGCCCCCAAUGACAGUUCCUUCUUUAGACGAUGACUCCCACUGGCCUUACUAAUCGCCUCCAAUCAUCCUUGCCGAACUUUCAGAGCUGUGCAGUUUCCAUCCAAAGUUAUCUAAUGUUCCA